AGUGAGGAGUGGGUAGUGGAUGUUUGCAUUGGAAAGCUCGAAAUUCCUCUUAGUACCAUUUAGCCAAAUCACCCAGGAUGAACUGUGCUUCUUAAUGUAGCUACCCUCAAAAAAUGGUGUAACCAGUGACACGUCUUACUUUAUGGAGAGCCGUGGUCAACCAUGGAGCACUUUAGUAAAGGGCAUGCCUCCUUGUGGCUUGGUUUCGGCUGACAUGUCUAGUUUAAGCUGACCAGUCCAACGGAGACUGACAACAGGGAGGGAAGUAGGAUGUGGGAAGAGGAGGAUUCUCACAAGCAUUUGUUGGACAAAAUGUUUGCCAGAGGAACAAAGAGAAAAUGUUUUGACGGCGAAGAUGACGUUGAAGGAACCCUGGCUGGUUUUAAAACUCUUCCCUCCUACAAUCUCCAGCGGCAGUCCCUUUUAGAUAUGUCUCUGGUUAAGCUUCAACUGUGCCACAUGCUAGUUGAACCUAACCUCUGUCGCUCAGUCCUCAUAGCCAAUACCGUGCGACAAAUUCAGGAAGAAAUGACCCAGGAUGGGACGUGGCAGAUGAUAAAUGCCCAGAGUACAGGACAACCUUCACUUGACCGCCUGGUAUCUACGGAUAUCCUUUGUCGUUCAACAAAAGAGCAAGGUGAAGGGAAACUCGUUCCGGGUUACGGUAGCUUCACGAAAGACUUUGAAGACAUCCAGUCACACGAUAUUAUUUCAGAAAUUUCAACAGUUACGUCCAUCCAAGCCGCGAGAAACCCUCCAAGCAACGUAUGGGAAAUGGAGAGCCCUCAGGAAAACCGAGGAAACUUUCAGAAGUCAUUAGAUCAAAUAUUUGAGACCUUGGAAAACAAAACACAGAAUUGUGUGGAAGACUUGUUUUCUGAUGUUGAUAAUUCUUACUAUGAUCUCGACACUGUGUUAACAGGAAUGAUGAGCAACACCAAAAUGGGACACUGUGAUGUACUAGAGAGCUUUUCUUCGCCACCAACUACCAAUUCCAACUCUAACUGUAAAUCCGACCUGAACGAGCUCGACCAUAUCGUGGAGAUCCUUGUCGAGUCUUGAAAUGGUCAAAUUCAGGGCAUCCCUCUUUCAGAGAAGUAGAGAACCGAGAACCCAAAACUUUAGUUUGCUAUCAAAUGUAUUUGUAAUCUCCAUAAAACUGAUAAAGCACUUCAUUUUGCGAACUAGUGUUAAUCUCUAAAAUCGAUGUGCGACUAGCGCAUCAAGAAUUUUGGUUUGUACAUUGCGAUGACAGUACAUGCUGUAGCAAUUUGUUGCAGGGUCUUGAAUCUUCCAAGUUUGGACUUCCUUCAUUACCUACCUGUUCAUCAUCAUCAUCAAUCGUAUUUAUUGAGCGCUUACUAUGUGCAGAGCACUGUACUAAGCGCUUGGGAAGUACAAAUUGGCAACAUAUAGAGACCUGUUCUCCCUGUUCCACUCCUCAAGGCAAUGGUCCUGGAGGGAGAGCUUGGAAAAUGGGUUUUCAUUCAGCCCUGAUUUCUGGACUCCCUUUUCUAAUCUCCAGAAUACUUGGAACAUCACCCCACAUCCCCUUCUCCACCCUUCCCUUCUCUCCAUCCCUCCAUUUCAGCGGCAGUCACCACAGCAUUGCAACAAACAGCCCACCACUUCAUUAGCUUAGUUACGGGCUCAUUUUUGUUCGUCAGUUCCGUAUGUUUCUUGGCAAUAUUUCGUCUUUAAAAUAUAUUUUUAAAACGUUUUAUACUUUUAUCGGUGUGUUAGAUUUUUCCAGCUAUUUUCCUAAAAGUAUAUUUUUCCUAUGAACAUCAACUGCUACUUUGGUAAUUUUUAUAGCGUAAACAUGUGCAGUUGAUGCAUUUCUUUUUUAAGAUUUUGAAGAAGGGAAUUUUUUUUUACAGUGAGCUACGAAAAGUAGCUCAGUAAAGAGUAUAAACUGAAAAUAUACAACUUGAUACUUUAAAAUGUAAAAGCUGUUUUCAUGUUAUUACAUUUUAUAGAGUAGUGCUUAAUUACGAAGUUGGGCAUUGCGUAGGUAUGCUUUUUAUACUUGAGCAUUAUUGGAGAAAUUGAUCAUAGUAGAUGCAAUUGCUUCUGUUAAACAAGCCAUGUUUUUGUUAACAUCAAAUAUAAAUUAUGUAGGGUUUUAUUUAUGUAUAUUUAUAUGUAAAUGUCAUCAAGUGAAUUGUUUAUCAUUUAAGUCUACGGUCAAAUAUUUGUUUAUAUGGGGAAAAUGAUCUUGCACUAAUUUACAUAAAGUGUUAUUGGGGGGGCCUUGAAAUCCCUUGAACAGAAUGUUCUGAUAUAUCUUGUCUAAAUUAGUGUCCUUCACUCCUGUCGAGAUUGUCCGUACAGCUGAUCUUCCUCUAAAAAACGUUGUGAUUUUGCUUAGGCUGAUGUCGCCAUUUAACUAAGAAAUUACACAUUCGUUGUAGAGUGUGCUUAUCCAACAGAUCUGAUUUAUAGGAACAUUUUUGGAAAGGGUUAGUAUAAAUGUGCCGUAGUUUUAUUUUUAAAAUUAAAUUGCACGCUAGAAAUUAACCGGUCCCAGUUGGCCCACAGCCGCCCUUCAGAUGUUUGAAAUAACUAACUAAAUCGCCUAAGAGAUGGACUAGCAGUGGCAGAAGAGAUUUGAGAAAUGGAGUGCAGAUCACUGAGAUGUUGGCUUUUCUUUGAGUUUGAUUUGAGCACGAUAAGGGACCAUUUCUUUGUCUGUCCCUCUUAGUACAUAGCCCUCUCGCCACUUGGUUCAGAGCUGUUUUGGAAAAUCAGCGGGCCUGAGAGUCAGAGUCCCUGGGUUCUAAUCCCAGCUCUGCGACUUGCCUGCUUGGACAAGUCACUUAAU